AUGAACUGGCCGUGUCGCUCUUCACGCCCCGGUCACUCGCCCGGUCGCGGGCGCAUCUUUAUAUUUCUGGCGCUGGCCGCGGCCUUCUGCAUGCUCUCAUACCAGCUCGUCCUGAACCAUGGAUCUAUCUCCCGGCCGGAAGAGCAGGGUUUCGUGGUGAUCGAUAACGUGGUCGUUAAUGGUGAUCCAGAUCCUGCGCCGACGAUUUUACCAGGCGAAAACGAACCCCGCGAGAAAGAGCUGGUUUUCGCAGCGAUGCGCGACAGCAAUAUGACCUGGGCAGAGGAACUUUCCUGGCCAAUGAACGUAUAUCGAGCUGAUGUUCCGCCCGGCGAGGCCGAUUUGACGGUGCCGAUCAAUAAGGGCAACGAGGCGAUGGUUUACCUCACGUAUCUGAUCGAUCGCUAUGCCUCGCUCCCUGAAAUUAUCGUCUUCCUUCACGGCAAGAGGUAUCAGUGGCACAACGACAACGAACGUUAUGAUUCGUCCAUUUCAAUCAAGAAUCUCAAUCUCGAUUUCGUGCGCGAAGCAGGCUACGUCAACCUCCGAUGUACAUGGGCGAUCGGCUGCCCUGCCGAGCUUGAACCCGCCAGAUAUCUGAGGGAUCGACCGGAUGAUCAGGGGCACCCUACGGCCGUCGCGUACCCGGACCAAUUCAGGCUGCUCUUCCCCGAUACACCGGUGCCGGAGGUUGUAGGAGCGCCGUGUUGUAGUCAAUUUAGUGUCAGCCGUGCACAAGUACAUCGCCGCCCUAAGAGCGAUUACAAACGGUACAGACAAUGGCUCGUGCAGACAAAAUUGACGAACGACGUGUCAGGAAGAAUUCUGGAGUACACCUGGCACAUGAUAUUUGGAAAAGACCCGGUAUAUUGCCCGAUGCCCCGAGAAUCCUAUUGCAAAACGUAUGGCCUUUGCAACAUGACCGAUUACGAGCUACAGAACCAGUGGAUUUGGCGUGGCUUGGUGCUGCCGGAUGGUUGGCCGGAUGAGACCGGAGGCUGA